UUGGCCGGCGCGGCGCAGGCGGAAGUGGCGGCGCGGGAGGUGUUGGGAAGAUGGAGAAGACUCUGAACAGAAUUCAUCCAGUUUCUGAUCCAGAAGCAACCUAUUUUCUACAGGUGUCAUGGGAAAAGGAUUUAGGCACUGGCUUUGGUUUACUUCUCAGUGACUGUCAGUGUGCUUGGACUGGGACAGUGUCUGAAUCAGACAUUUCUAGGGAGGCUGCUGACAUAGAAAUGGACAGAGAAAAAUAUGUGGAAGAGCUGAGGAAAGCGCUGAUAGCUGGAGAAGAGUCAGCUGGCAAAUACAACUUUGUGAUUUCAAGGGAUGAGCAGAAUAAGGCCUGUCACUUCUCCUAUGAAAGGAACCUGAAAGACGGCUCUUUCAGACUUGGAUCUCUGAAGCUGCAGGAAGUCCCAAACCCAGCAGAGGUGAUCAAGGAACUCAUUGGUUACUGCCUGGACAGCCUGGGGAAGCUGCAAGCCAAAACUGAGCAUCUGCAGAGAGAAAAUGAAAGGCUUUUCAGCAACUGGAGCGAGGUGGAGAAGAGGCUGGAAAAAUGUGUGGAAGCCAAAGAGGAGCUGGAGGCAGACCUUUACAGCAGGUUUGUUUUGGUGCUGAAUGAAAAGAAGGCAAAGAUAAGGAACUUGCAGAAGCUGUUGAGUGAAGCUAAAGAAUCUGCAGCGGAUGCCAAGUGUGCCAGGGAUAGUAUAGCUGCUACUCAGGUGGUUGUAAAGAGAGAAAACAACUAUGAUGCCAGCACUGAUGAGGAAAGUGAAAAUCCAGCACGGGCCUCGUUGCCAUCAGCUCCAGAACGAAGGGAUUCCUCCCUGCUGGGCAGCCCAGACAUCGUGGACCCAGCUCCCAGGAGAAAACGAAGGCAAAGGACAGCAAAACCUGCAGGGACAGGAGCUAAGGUGGCUGCUUUAGAGGCAGAGCAGCCAGCCCAGGAAAAGCCUGGCCCGGCCUCCUCGGGGCAGCGCUGCCCGGACUGGGAUCUGGAAACCCUGGAGAACUCGUGUGGGCCGGAGGAGCUCUUCGAGGACAUGUAGCCACUGUGGGCCGGGCACAGGGACACUGCUGCUCCCUCCAGGGAUGAGUUAUCAGCUAGAAGGGUUUUUGUUACAGAACAAAGCUGCAACUUUGUUCUUUGUUGUGCAACUUUGUUGUUUGUUGUGCCUGCUGCACCUCAUUUGUGGCCAAAAUUGAGUUCAGCCCCUGUGUGGAGCUUUUCUCACCCGCAUGGGGGAAUUGAGGGCACUGUGGAUGUGUUUUUGCAUCCUCACAGCCUCUGGUUGUGCUCAGGAUCAACCAUUUCCCAAGCACCAGGCCUGGGGUGAUGCUAGACAUGCGCUGAGCUCAGUCUUUCCCCAGGCUUGGAUGGAUAACUCAGCUUCAUUUGCCAGGCUUGGAUGGAUAAAUCAGCUUUAUUUGAGGUGCAGGUGUGACUUUAGAUUGGUUCUGAGUCAAAGCAAAACGUCCUUUUACUUGUGGCACUCCAGCUUUUGGGAGUAAAGUGCUACUAAGGUUGAUAUUGACUCUAUUUUAACUUUCUGUAGAAACCCACAGUGUUUAAAAUUGUGAUUUUUGAUACUUCAGCUUUUUCCUUAUGGCAAUUUCUUUAAAAAAAAGAAGAAAAUUAAAAUGCAUUUGAAAAAAUAAAUCAAAUUUGUCUUUGUUUGUUAAACAUUAUGAAUAAAGGUAGUAGUUACCAAAGUGUU